AUAAUAAUAAUAAUAAUAAAAUAUGGUAAUAAAUAAUUUCUGGAACGAACGACUGGCGAAACGUCAUCGUUUUCACGGUCUAGAAAUCCGGGCUUGCAACAACUGAUUAGUCAACACAUAGAGAUUCAUCAUCGUGUUGAUCACUUUGAUACUUGAUGGGGGUGCAAUGGCUGCUGGUCUGCCACGGGCUCGUAACUCUACUGGUUGUCGUCUCUUUUCUAUGCGGCCAGUGGCCUAUAUUUCAAGGCACUUUCAUCCAACGACUUCACACUUUCCUCACCUUCGGCGCUUUCGAUUACUUCCGGAGGUUUGUUGAGUUUGUGUUCGGGUCUAGAGGUACCAAUGCACUCUAUAUUACUCAGUACUACUGCUGCGAUCGGCCUAAUCCUAUCUUACAGGCGUUAUACUUGGCAAUAGUUGGUGGAACUUUUUACUUGAUAGUGAUCUCAACUUUUAACUAUAUUCCUAGUUAUUAUAUGGGUGGAUAUCACAGAUACACAAGCGUGUUGGCUGUUGGUGUAGGAUUUUUGCUUUUUCUAUUGACUAGUUUCUCCGAUCCAGGAACUAUCAAUGCUGAAAAUGUAUCUCAGUAUCUCUCUUUAUACCCCUAUGACAACAUAAUUUAUUCAGAAAAAGAAUGUUCAACCUGCAAAAUCUUAAAGCCUGCUCGGUCCAAGCAUUGCAGCAUAUGCGAUCGCUGUGUUGCGCGGUUUGAUCAUCACUGUGGAUGGAUGAAUAAUUGCAUAGGGGAGAAAAACACACUUUAUUUUGUGAUGUUUCUUCUAUGGCAUUUCUUUCUUUGUGUAUAUGGGACCGUUGCAAUCGGCUUAGUUCUUGCUGGUCGAUUAAAAGAACUAGAAGUUGUAUAUAUUUUAACAGCAUAUUAUGGCAUUGAAAAUUCAUACCGGAGUUUGGCUCCACAUGUUGUACAGUGGUUGAUAAGCUCUUACAACACUCAGAUACUUAUAAUGGUGUUCCUGGCUAUAGUUUCGCUCCUUUUAUCUGGUUUCUUUGGGUACCAUUUUAGCCUCUGUGUCAGCAAUACCACCACUAACGAGACAUUCAAAUGGGAAGACUAUUUAAGUUGGCAGAGGAAGGUAAAAGAAGCAAAGGCAAGUACAGAAGCACUAAAAGCUAGUUUAGAUGAUCUGAGUCAAGAGACAACAAAGCCUCAACAGAGCAAAUGGAAAUCAUUCUUCAAAAGAUCAAAACUCGAACAAGAUGACGGUGUUGAGAUUAUUAAGAACAACAUUUACGAUCGAGGCUUUUUCCAAAAUCUUUACGAGAUCAUUUAUCCACUGUCAUCACGACACUCAUUCUCAGCACAUAAAUUAAAAACGGGUUAAACACAUCUCUCUUACUCCCUUUAAGUUAUCAAUCGUGUAAUCUUGUUUUAUGCUUACCAAGUGUAUUUGUAUGGCUGGAACAUCCCGUUUUUGUCAAGCAGGUCGUAAAUGACAUUUCGCUAAAAUUACAUGUAUUUAGAUUCUUUGUAGACGAUUUAGUGCAUAUAUAGAGGUCAUUCAUGAAUCAUA